UAUUUCUAGCAGGUGCUGACAAUCUAGUUUACUGGGACUUGACAGGAAGCGCACAACUUGGGCAAACAUUCAUCCGUUUGACCACAGAUGAACCUGAUAAACAAGGAGCUAUUUGGAAUAAUUUUCCUGUAUUGAAUUCUGACUGGGAAUUCCAAGUACAGUUCCACAUUCAUGGCAAGGGUGUCUAUUUAAAUGGAGAAGGCAUGGCGCUUUGGUAUGCCAAGGAACCACUGCAUUUAGGUCCGGUUUUUGGAUACAUGGAUUACUUUGAUGGAUUAGGAAUAUUCAUAGAUACCUAUCAAAACGAAGCCACUCCUCAUAAUCAUCGACAUCCUUACAUUUCUGCAGUGGUGAAUAACGGUUCGAUAUCAUACAAGCAUGAUGAAGAUGGAACACAAGGCCAAAUUGGUGGUUGUCACGUUCCACUUCGAAAUCUGGAAAAUCCCACAAAAAUUGCUGUAUCGUAUAUGUCUAACAUACUCACAGUCUUCUUGGAUACAGAAGGACGGGCGCAAUGGAAACCAUGCUUUAGAGCUUUAGGAGUCUACCUUCCAACAGGAUAUUAUUAUGGAAUCUCAGCCAGCACAAAAGAACUCUCAGAUAAUCACGAUGUCAUUUCUGUUACAACAUUAAAUCUGGAGCCUGAUGACAAGGAAUGGGAAGACAAGAGUGACAUUAUUCCUUUUGCUGAGAAUAUUCAAGUACCAAUCAGUAAGUUAAUCUUUUUUUAAAAAAAAUUAAACUACAUUAUCUCUG